CUUCACUUCCCUCCCCUUCACACAGUCUCAACAUUUCAAAAAUCCCUGCCACACCACUGCCACGAAUCCACCUCUAAACAUAGAAUAUUUGAAAAAAAGGGGAAAUCGGAAUGAAAAUACAAACUAAUGUGCCUGGGCGGGGGGGUUGCCUCUCUUGAUGCCUCCUCAGCCACAGAGAAACCAGUGAAAAGGGGAGACUGUGUGGAAUGAAGGAAAAGAGGAGGAGAUAAAAAAAAAGGAGCAGAGAGGGAAGAGAGAGACUGGCUGGGGGUGAAAGAACAACAGGAAACCAACCGAUUCUAAUGCUGUUUCUGCAAAUCUCCUUGAGAUAACGCAGUGGACUGCCACGUCCCGGCCGAGCUGCAGUCACGCCGUGUCUUUUUCUCUGAUCAUCACUUGAAAUCAUGGCAAUCUGAAAGAGUUCUAAAAGUUUCAAACGUGACGUCACUUCUGCUCUCAGCCUCCGACAGGGUGGUCAGUCAGAAUGUGAGCGGAUGCAGGAGUUUUGGGAGCCGAUUGCUGGGAUUUCUAUGUCGCUGCUUUCUUGACCCGCAAGCUCAAGCUUUUUUUACCGGGGUCAUAUGGAUCGAUCGCCGUGCCUUCAAGGAGCUUUUCAUUGUAAUCAUCUGGACUAACUAACUGGAGCCACAUGAAGAAUAAAGGGACAAAGCAGAAGUUGAAAAAGAAAGGAAGUGAGAAUGCGUUCGGCUGUGACUUGACAGAACAUCUCCAGAACUCAGGACAAGAUGUUCCGCAGGUUCUGCAGAAAUGUGCGGAGUUUAUUGAGGAGCAUGGGGUUGUGGACGGGAUCUACAGGCUGUCGGGGAUCACCUCAAACAUCCAGCGUCUCAGGCAGGAAUUCUGCUCUGAGGCGUGCCCUGACCUUACAAAGGAAGUGUACCUCCAGGACAUCCACUGUGUGGGUUCCUUAUGUAAGCUGUACUUCAGGGAGCUACCCAAUCCCCUGCUCACUUAUGAGCUGUACAGCAAAUUCACGGACGUGGUCUCUGUCCAGGGCGAUCAUGAGAGACUUUUAUACAUUCAGAGGGUCAUCAAAGAGCUGCCGACCCCUCACUUCAGGACUCUGGAGUACCUGACUAAACACUUGACCCAACUCGCCACGUUAAGCACUGAGACAAACAUGCACACACGUAACCUGGCCCUGGUGUGGGCUCCAAAUCUGUUAAGAUCCAAAAACAUCGAGACUUCAUCUACUAACGGAGACAUGGCGUUCCAGGAGGUGCGAAUACAACAGUCAGUGGUCGAGUUUAUUCUAAACAACACAAAUCAGAUCUUCAGCGCUGGUUCGGUGCAAAUCAAACCCAAAGAAGGACCAAGUUUGAUGUGUGGGGAGAUGUACGCCACGAUCCCGAUCAGUGGCCAGUGUGGGCCGAUGAAACUGAUGAGCCUGGAAGAAGCUCAGGCCCGUUCCUUAGGUCAAAACCAUCCUGUGCACAGAGAGCGUCAGCGAGAGAACAGUCUUCCUAACACCAGCACUGCCACGCUCUACCACACCGUCAUAGACAUAUCAGACAGCAAACGAAAGAUUUCUGGGAAAUCGAAGAAGUGGAAGUCCAUCUUCAACCUGGGAAAGUCUGUGGACUCAAAGGGAAAACUGAGCCGGAACGGCAGCGUGUUCAUUAGAGCACAGGGGAGCACAGAAAAGGCAGCUCUACGUCCAUCCAGGAGCAUGGAGUCCUUGUGCUCUUUACCAACAGAUGACGACAGAGCAGGAAACAGUCCAGCUGGAGGACCGGGCAGCAUGUUUCUUCCAGAUGUGAAAUCCAGAACACUGGGAUCAGACUACGACCUGAGUGACCACGACCAACACUGGGAUUUAAAAGGGAAGAAAGUUGCCGGAGCGACGGGUGGCUGGAGCUCCAUCACAAACCAAAAGGGGUCACCGGGUGCCUCCUCUCAAAAGACACUGCCAGAGCAACUGAAGGUGUUCAAAGGCGAGGACCUCAGCGGGUACAAACCCACGUCUCCGAAAAACCGGAGGAUGUUGUACUCAGGCUCUUCCCACAACAGCUCAUCUCGGCCCUCCUUCCCAGGAAGCUUCUUCCCGCUGGAGUCCUCGCCGCGGCAUCAGAGGCGAGCCGUCAACAUAUCUGAGCCUUUUGCAGUGUCCGUUCCCCUGCGUGUGUCAGCUGUUAUCAGCUCUAACAGCACGCCAUGCAGGGGCCACGCCAAGGACAAAGCAGCCACUUUGAAACCCUGCAAAGAAAGUUCCGAGCAGAGCACCAACAGUGGAAAGAGCAACACCUUCCCCCAACUGGAACCAAAGAAGCAGGAAGGAACGGAGAAGAAAAAUACAGAGGAGCUGACCUCUGGAGCUCCACCAGAGGAUACAAGCAAAGAAGUGACGCCAGAAGGAGAUGGAGGGAUGAACACUUCUGAACUGAAACCGCUGUCCCCUGCAAAUGCAAGAGAAAGCGAAGAUGUGGCGCCAUCUUCUGGGAAAGAACUGCACAAGCAACCUAUAGCUUUACAACUGGACAAAGGAUGUUCUACUGGGAACGAGCUGUGGUCUGACCUCCACCAGGAGCUGAGGAUAACCGAACCUGAAAUCGACCUCCUGGAUGAGACUUUCAAACCGGUUUUCAGCUCCAGGACUUGUGAGGGCACAAAGUUGACGAUGGACGUGAAGUCGAAGCGGAGCCGCAGCUCUCCGUCUCUGUCUUUGCUGUGCAGGGAGCAGCCUUCAAAUACCUCUCUGAGUGAUCGCAUAUUCGCCACUGGAUCAGACUCUGCAAAGAGACAACCGUCAGAGUCGGACAUUUUGUUUUCUCUGCACAAAAACUUUGACGUGUUUGUCGGUGGAAGCACAGGAAACGUCUGCCCUGCUGACCUGGUGGGAGAGAAAGAGAUGAAGAGGCAUCGAGGAGCCUCACACUGGGACAAAGAUAAACCAGCGCAAACCAGGAGGAGCCAACUUGCUUUAUCAGAAACACGUUUGGAUAAAGCUGUGGCUUCUCCGACAGCAAAGGAUGCUCCAACAAUUGGAGGGGUUUCAGGAGCAGGUGAUACAGACAAAUCACAGAAACGUGAAAUUCCGCAUCCAGAGAAUAAAAUCCCCUGUGAUGGAGCAAAGCGGAGUGCGAUGACGGAGGCGGAGGCGAUCCAGAGGCUUUCCUUUUGUUUGGAGCAGAGACGUAAAGCCUUGGAGCUGCUGCACCUCGACGAUGACGAUGGAUGCACAGGAAACAUGGAAGACCUGGACUUAGUGGAGCCCUGGGAGGACUUUAGCUCCAGCAAGCAAUGGGUGACCAGUCCUCUGCACUCACCUGACGUGGAGGAGCUGUUCAACCAGCUGUCUCCCUUCUACCCUUGUAGAGAAACGUUGAGCUCUGAGGAGGGAAAGAUUUCGCCUCCUUCGGUCGAUAAUAGCAAACAAUCUGCCAGUAAGAGCAACGAACGCCCCCCAGGAGCCAUCCUGCAAACAUCCAGCUGCAAACCUGAAAGUAAAUGGAUGUAUUUUCCGUCAGUACCUGCUCGGGUCAAUGUGAACAGCAUCAACGCAACACAGACACACACAGGAAAAUGCAGCACAGCAAAACAGAAGAACACAGUUUCAUCUCAUAGGUUUUACAGGCAGAUGUCGUACGAGGCAGCAGCUCCAGAGAAAAGAGAGGAGAAUAGCUUUUCUAAAAACAGGCCAUGUUCGCUCAACCUAGACCUGGGGUUUAGAUGCAUCAGAGACAUUUCUAAUCAGCAGAACCGUAACUCAUCAGAGUUCUCAUCUUGUCAUAGAGGAUUACUAAGCUCGUGUGGGACUGUGAACAACGGGCUGCCCUCAGAGCUGGAGUUGUUUCUGAACGAUCGGCAGGCGCCUCUACGCCGAAAUUCAGCGCCGGUCAGCGUGUCGUCAGUGCGAACAGCGUUCAUGAUAAAAACAAGCCAGGCCAAAGCCGUGCCUGUCAUCCCCCCGAAGGUCCAGUUCAGUCAGAUACCUCACUCCAGACAGGAGAAGGAUUUUGAUGCAUUGAAGGAGCAGGAAAAGGAAUAUCCCAAAAUGAGCGCAGAGAGAAUCAAUGCUGCGACUCCUCAGGUGAUGUCAGAUCUAAAGGAGGAGCUGGAGAAUAAAGAGCCUUCGCCCAAACACCAAAAACACCCCAAUGUUGAGAAAUCCGCUGACGCCGUGAAUACCACAUCCACUCCAGAACUGCCGGUCAUAACACGGAGACACGCUCCCAGUCUGGAAGUGUUUGUAGAUUGUCCCAGACCCAACCGAGGGAACGUUUUACAGAGGCCGUCCUUCAGGAACCGACAGAGACCUCAGAGUCUCAUCCUGCUCAGCCCUCCGUUUCCCAUCAUGGACUACCCACCGUCAGGGGACGACAGCAAGCUCCUCUCAUCCCUCAGGAGCCUGAACGACCCUUCAGCGCCGAACGUCUUCUCUCGAGAGAUGGCGGAGAACUUCAGGACGGCGGAGGGGAUCUCGCUUCAAAACAAAAUGACUAUUCCAAAAAGCGGGCAGAGACUGGAAACAUCGACCAGCUGCUUCUACCAGCCGCAGAGACGCUCCAUGAUAUUUGACAGCAGGAGCCACAGGCAGAUUGAGUGACUGGAGGUGCAGUCAGCGAGAAUGAGACUGGGUGUCUGUAAAUAGAUACAGUAUAUAAUUAUAUAUAUAGACCUAAUGUCUAAACUGACAGGAAGGUGAUAUUGUUGUAAAUCAAAGGAUUUUGUUUGAUAUGGGAGAUGAAGUUAUUGUAGAAAUAUUGAGUCAUUAAGCAAAAAAUCAUUAAGUAUUAGAGAAAACUUUGAGGAGGCCAUGAUUUUUAAUCACCAAAUGAUUUCUGUUAAUCUGCUGAGUAUUUUCUCAGUUAAUUGAUUAGUUGUUUGCUCUACAAAAUAUCCGAAAAUAGGAGAAAAAGACGAUUCUAAUCCCAGUUUCUCAGAGGCCAUAUUGAUGCAACUGUUCGCCAACAUAUGCAGUUUAUUAUCGAAGAAGAAUAGCUGUCAAUUGAAUAUUCUUUGAUUCGACUAAUGUUUUCAGCACUACUGACAUGCAUGAAUGAACAUGUUUUUAAAAGUGACAUUCGCUUUGCUCUUUUAAAGUUACUGUAUAUCUGAGAUACUGGAAAUCAAGAGAAUCACUGUCAGUGGUGAAAUCUUCACCUCCCCCUUGGCGGAGGUAAAAAUCUUAAAGUCAACACCCUUACUAGUUUUCCUGGGGUUUCAAUCAAUGGUGGAAGAACUAUGCACAUUUUAAUUAAAAAUACCAAUACAGCAUUUUGAAAAUACCUAUCUACAGAAAGUGGCACAGCCAUCUGAGGCACUAUGGUGUUCAGUAAUUUGUCGAAGGACACUUGAACACAGACUUAAGGUGCCGGGGAUCGAACCGACGACCCUCUCUACCUCCUGAGCCACAGCCGCCCCCUGACAGAAAUGUAAACCUUUAUUUUGUUCAGCUUUAUACUAAAACCUAAGUUUAAAGUUGUUCUGUUGUUUGAACAUGAACCUUUUUCUUAAUUUUGUUGUAUUAUUUCAUUUACAGCAUCUCCUUUCAACGGCACAAAGUUUAUACUGUAUCUGAUUCAGACCUCUUUCAAAAUAGGAACUCUAAAUACAGGAAGUGUAUAGUGAAGUUAAAUACAAAUGAUAAACUGACACUUAAACUUGUAAAACAGUUUUAUGUAGAUGAAGAUUUAUCACAACCCAGUAACUACGGUAAACUUGAUACUGAUGAUGUAUUGUACUGCUUCUGUGUUGAGCUGGUGUCACUGAAUUUCUUAAACUAAUAUUUAAAAGGAUUUUUGUUGAUUUUAAAUAUAGCAGAUUAUAAUUAACAGUAUUUACCCACAGAAGGAUUUUAACAUGUAUCUUUAUUUUUUGUAAUUACUUUGUUUUAUUGCAGUUUUUUUAAGUGCUGCUUGAUUUUUGACAACAGUGAUAAACCAGUAUUAUAGUUAAAGAGGAAGAAAAACAAACAGUGUUUAUGAUAUUUUUUGAAAGGUGAAGUCCAGGAGCUGCUGCGACAGUAAACUGGAGGCUGACUUUGUGCACACUGACUGUAUUCAAUGUGUCGGGACCUUGAUGGUGCUUUGAGUCAGACAGGAUCUCCAGGUUUGAUGUAUUUUCUUUGUAACUAAUGUAAUUCGUACAUGUAAGAUAGUUUUGAUGUUACGGAAAGUUACAGUUUUUAAAAAAAAGAUUUGGAUGUUGUUGAAGUUGAAUGAAUGAUCACACUGUUAAUCAAAAAAAGUUUGGAUGCUAAUGUUGGUUAUUUUAUACUUGUUUUGUGACCGAUAGUGAAACUGAUGGAACGGAUUCCCAGGAAAAUCACAGGUUCCAAUAAGAAAUGUACAUAAGACACAUGGAUUUUGUUACAGCAAAAGUUAUGAGAAUAAAAAUGUAUAAAAGUUA